AUGAAUAGCGGUGUCUGUGAGAACAAGACUUGUAAAUGUAUGCCUGGGUUUGGCGGUGUUGAUUGCAGCCUCCUAUCAUGCGGCUCACCUUUGAUAGACCCUUCACAACGACCCACAGUUGCUUCAAAUACCAGCUGUAGCUCGUGUGACGAUGGUUUUGGAGGAUUCAAUUGCAAUGUUUGUCAGACAGAUGCAGGAUGCCGAUCGAAACCACCAUCGCGUACAUCCUUCUUGGGCAACGAGGAGAUGGUCUGCAACAAAAAAUCCGAGGUUUACCAUAAUGCAUACAUGACCUGUGCAGUCCGUGCUCCUGAACUUACAGGUUUCUUCCCUGGAGAGUACAGUCUGACAAUGAGCUUGGACCCAGUCAACAAGACAGUGAAUGCUCAGUUAUGGUUGGGUUAUACUGAACAGUUCUACUGCGAUAUCCCCAACUGUACACUUGCCACAACAGAAGAGAACGGUGUUGUCCAGACAAAAUGGGAUUGCCCAACACUGAACUGCAAGUGUAUCAAGCCAACACUCAUGUGCGGAGGUGUUCCAGGACCUGUUGUAACACUCGGAGAUGUUGUCGAUGGCUUAAAAGGCCCUUUCUCAUUGACUUGCCCACAGAACAGUAAUGAGUGUGAUUUUUAUAUUAAAGACCUGAGUGGGUUGUUCCCAACAGGUCUCAAGAUGACGGACUGUGAUCUGGGCGAAUGUGUAUUCCCAUCAGAGAUGCAAUCCACUGUCACCACAAUCAAAAGCACUAUGUCCCCAGGUGUGAUCGCCUGUUUGGCAAUUCUAGGCGUAUUGGUUUUGUUCUUGAUUGUUGUUUGUUCGAUUGCCCGUCGGAAUCAACUUAUCCUCAGACGUACACCUUACACUCUCAAUGCCGAAGCAGCAUCACUUGAGUUCCGCAAUGUGGGCUAUACUCUUAAUAAGGACGGACUGGAGAUUCUGAAGGGUAUCUCAGGAGCAGCACCUGCUGGUGUGGUCCUAGCGGUGAUGGGGCCAUCUGGUGCUGGUAAAUCGACACUGGUUGACAUCUUGGCAGGUAAACGCAAGGAUGGCAAGGUCACGGGUCAGAUCCUGUUGAAUGGCAAGCAAGUUCAUGAAAGUGAUAUUCGCAGAGCAGUCGGAUUUGUGGAUCAGGAGGAUACGUUGCCGCCUACUCAGACUGUGUACGAAGCAGUGCUGUACUCUGCCAUGCUACGCCUUCCUGAGGCAAUGCCUAUUCACCGGGUCCACGAGCGCGUUUCGGAGGUGAUUGAGAUGUUGGGAUUGACUCACUGCGCAGAUCGUAGGAUUGGCAAUGUUACAGCGCGUGGUAUCUCUGGAGGAGAGAAACGCCGUGUCUCGAUCGCAUUGGAACUGAUUACACGUCCCCCGAUUUUGAUUCUGGACGAACCCACCUCUGGAUUGGACUCUUACAGUGCACAUAUGGUGGUAGAGCAACUCUGCAAACUAGCAGCCAGCAAGACAACGACUGUGAUCCUGACAAUCCACCAACCUCGCUCCGACAUCUUCUUCAUGUUUGAUCAGACACUGGUUGUAAGCAAGGGAUCUGCCCUGUACUUUGGACCUACGGCCACUGCUGCAGACUACUUUAUUCAGCGAGGCUUGGUUUGUCCGCCAAACUACAACAUUGCUGAUUAUUUGCUCGAUAUUGCGAUGGACCAGGAAUUAGUGGCAAAGGCCAAGAGCUUCAACGAUGGAUCCGAAAAUGAAAAGGCGGGUCUUAGUACGGGUCAUCAAACACACAUAUCUGGAAACGCCGUGUCCCGCCGUGCAGUGAGCAAUGGCAAUAGCAACAACAAUAGCCGCAAUGCCCUUCAACACAAUAAUGCUAGUGACAUUACUCGCAACUCGUAUGAGACAUCCGUGCCAAUAGAGGAAGAGGGCUCCGCUAGGUCCUCAACGGCCUCAUUCUCUGAGGAAGGAGCCCGAAAGAAGCAAAAUACGGUGUACCCGGUUAGUUUCUUAGCCCAGCUGCAGGUGAUCAUGAAGCGCAAUUUUCAAACUUUGAUCCGCGACAAGUCUUUGUUGGUUCUUCAUCUGGCUGUCGCGAUUGUUCUUGGUGUCUUUAUUGGAGGAUUGUAUUAUCAAGUGCCCAUGAACCUAGCAGGUUUCCAAAACCGCGCUGGAUCUUUGUUCUUUAUGCUCGCACUUUUGGGUUUCAGUAGUAUCUCUGCUCUGGGUGCCUUCACAGAUACGCGCACAUUGUUUAUCAAGGAACGUUCCAAUGGUUAUUACCCACCAUUGCCCUUUGUUAUUUCGACACUGCUAUUUGAUUUGAUUCCUCUUCGUAUUGUUCCCUCGAUCUUUAUGGGCUGCAUCUCAUAUUUCAUGAUCGGUCUCUCACCUGUGGUCGAAACAUUUUUCAAGUUCCUGCUGAUCAUCGUUCUAUUCAACGUUGCUACUGCCAUGUUCUGUCUUGUCAUUGCUGCGGCAGUUCGCACGACUGGAGUCGCAUCCCUGGCGUCGUCAAUCGUGAUGCUCUUUAUGAUGUUGUUUGGAGGCUUUAUGAUCAACUCUGGCAAUAUCCCUGCAGCCUUGACAUGGAUUCAAUACUUUUCCAUGUUCAAGUAUGGAUUUGAAGCUCUGGCAGUCAACGAAGUCGCGACAUCCAAACUGAUUGAUAAUAUCCAGGGUGUUGCGUUCAAUGUCCCUGGCUCGCUAAUUUUGCAGAAGCUGUUUGGAUUUGAUCUGGGUGGUUAUUGGAGGAAUAUGAUCAUCUUGAUCGGAUUUAAUGUUUUGUUCAUUGUACUCUUCUGGGGUAUUGUCACAUUCCGUCUUAAAGAGCGAAAGUAG